AUGACGCCACGAAGAAACUCGAGUUGUAACAACUCAAGAGAGGAGGAAUUCAAGGAAGUUUUUCGUCGUUUUGAUGGUGAUAAUGAUGGAAAAAUUUCUGCACUUGAACUAAGAUCCUAUUUUGGAUCUGUGGGAGAGUAUAUGUCACACGAGGAUGCUGAAAUAGUGAUCAAUAAUCUUGAUACGGAUAAAGAUAAUCUUCUCGAUUUUCAAGAUUUUAUGAAACUAAUGGAGAAAGAAGGUGAAGAGGAGGAUUUGAAGGGAGCCUUUGAAAUAUUUGAAUUGGAGAAAGGGUCGGGUCGGAUCACGCCCAGAAGUUUGCAGAGGGUUUUGAGUCGAUUAGGGGACUCAAAAUCAUAUGAUGAGUGCGUGGCUAUGAUUCAAGUUUACGAUAUGGAUGGUAAUGGCGAACUUGAUUAUCAUGAAUUUCAGCAAAUGAUGAUGGCUUGA